AUGGCUUCCGAUACCAAGCCGCUCGGCCAGGACUUUACGCAGUCCGUCAUUGACGCCACCGGCCCCAACGCGACGCCGCGGAUGCGCACCGUCAUGGCCGCGCUGAUCCAGCACGUCCACGACUUUGCGCGCGACGUCGACCUCACCAUGGACGAGUGGCUGGCCGGCGUCGACAUGAUCAACUGGGCGGGCCGGAUGAGCAGCGACCGCCGCAACGAGGGGCAGCUGCUGUGCGACGUGCUCGGGCUCGAGUCUCUCGUCGAUGACAUUACCGUACGCGCGGCCAACAAGGCAGGCAAGCCCUCGACGUCGACGGCCAUUCUCGGGCCGUUUUGGCGGGCGGACGCGCCGGUGCGCGAAAACGGCACGACAAUCACGUUUGAUACCCCGAGCGACGGCCAGGUCACGUUUAUGCAUGGCCAGAUUACGUGCGCCGACACGGGAAGGCCGCUGGCAAAGGCAAAGGUGGAUGUCUGGCAGGCCUCGACCAACGGUCUUUAUGAACAGCAGGAUGAGAAGCAGGUUGAUCACAACCUCCGAGGCGUCUUUGUCACCGACGCGGAGGGACGAUAUUCCUUUUACUGCCUGCGCCCGACGCCAUACCCGGUGCCGAUGGAUGGCCCGGCCGGCAAGCUCUUGAAGCUACUCGAUCGACACGAGUACAGGCCCGCGCAUAUCCAUCUUAUUGUAACCGCAGACGGCUAUAAAUCGUUGACGACGCAGAUCUUUGACAGCAAGUCGGACUACCUCACAGACGACAGCGUCUUUGCUGUCAAGGAUGGACUCACUGUCGACUUUGUUCCUCUCAAGGACAACCCCAAGGCCGAGUACGAUCUGGAGUACAAUGUCAAGCUUGCUGCUGCAUAA